UCAAGCUCGGACUUGGGCUCAAGGGCCAGCGCAAGCAUAGGAUCGGUGUCAUGCUCUAGUUUGCAUCCCUCCCCGACAUCGAUAUAGCACCUCGCCUGUUGAGCCAAGGCGUUCUGAUCAGUUUUAGGCCAGCGGGCGGCAGCUGGGCAGGCCGACCACGUCACCUCGGCGGAUGGCCCGCCGCGCGGCAGGCUUGGUGCGGGUCAAUCAGGCUCCAGAGCGCUGGCUCCCAGUGCCGACGCCGACCAAACUGCCCUCGCCCGACCCACGGCCUGGCUGGAUGGUCGUUGAGCGAUGGAAGGAAGCGGCAGAGGACAGGGUGGCUGGUCCCGUCUUGGGUUGCUCCGACCUGGUGCGCACUCUGCGCAGAGCGCUCAGGGGCCCGCCGAAAGGGGCACCGCCCAUCUCGAACUUUUUCUGGCAGACGGCAGCCAAGCGCGCGGGCAAGAUCGUCGAUUUCCUCAGUGCCGAGGAGGCUUGCGAGCUGCUCAGCACCCUCGCUGACGCGCGCCUGCACUGGAAGGCGAGCAAGUCCACAACCGAGGGCCUCCGUCGCAUGGCUGCCCACGCUGGGGAGGAGAUCGGUUCGUUCAGUCCUGCGCAGCUGUCCGAGUUCACUUCGGCGCUGGCGCGACUGGAGUAUUAUCACGACGACUACAUGCAGGCGCUGUCACGGGCCGUGGAGAGGACGGUGCGCUCGGACCGCGGCAGAUUGAGCAACGAGAGCGCAUGCAGAUUGUUGGACGCCUACCACCGACUAGGAGUGUUGGAUGGCGCAGUGAUGAAGAGUCUCUCCCGCUUGGUCUGCCGCAGACUGGUACGCGAGCCCCUCACACCGGAGCAAACCGCUGGCGUGGCGCUCGCCUUCGCCGAGUUGCGUGCGCGCGAUCUGGCGCUGUUUAAUGCCACAACGCUCGCGCUUAGCCGAGAGCACGCCGUUGAGGCUCUGGACUGGGGGCGCCUGGCUGAUGUAGCCUGGAGCUACGCGUCGCUGCAGCUGCACUCUGCCUCUCUCUUCUCUCGCAUCCGUGCGAGGGUGUGCGACAGCGCGGGCGUGGUCGACGAGACCAGCGAUGCAGGCACCGACGCUUCCUCGAGUGGCUCGGUGCAGAGUCCGAAGUCCGAGGAGACCGCCAAGCUGGAAGCCCUCAUCGGCGCCUGGAGCACCCUGCGGGAGCAGCUCAGCGAAGCGCCGCCGCUGCCGCCGCCCAUCCAGUUGCCGAGGCGGGUCGUCGUCCGGCUGCUCGAGGCGCAGUUGCACCUGGGCCAGCUUGGCGCCAGGGACCUGCGCCCGCUGCUGCCGCACCUGGCGCACCGACCGCUGGGCGACGCUUCGCCGCUGCUCGCGGCGGCGCUGGGCCGCGGCGGCCACACCUGGCCCUGGCUCUGGCAGCAGGCCCUCGGCUGCAUCGCCGACGAUCGAUCUCCUCCCCACGCGCUGCUGUCCAUGAUGGAGUCCCUGGCCGCCCACUUUGCGCUGCUCGGCCCGCAGCUGCCGCGGCUGUGCCGCGAAGAGCGGCGCGGCUCCAGCUCGCGCCGGCGCGCAGGCGGCGGUGGCGCCACCGCGCGCCCGUCCACCGUGGCGCAGCACUUGCAGGCUCUCGCGGGCGGCCUGGCCGCUCUGUGGCGGCGGCUGGAGCAGGGCCCGCGCGCCCUGUCCGACCUGGAGCUGCGGCGAGCGGCGGCGGCCACGCCAGGCCUCGGGCGCGCCCAGGAGGUCGUCGCGGACGCCGGCCUGCCCCUCGGCGCCCGGAGCAGCGCGGAGGUGGGCGCCCUCCUCCUCCGGGCUGCGGCGCGGACGGCGAGGGCGCUGGCGGCAGAGCUCCUCCGGCGGGGCUGCGGGGAGGCGCUGGAGCUCGAGGCGCUCCUGCGCUUCGCGGGGGCCGGCGCGGGCGAGGUGCGGCGGGACCUCCUGGCGCAGUCGCUGGACGACCUGGAUGCGCCCGUGCUGGACGACGACGCCGAGGCCGCCGCGCCGAGGAGUCUGACCGUCUGAGAGCGCCGCCGUGCGCCAGCUUCGGGGCGGGCGGGGGCCGAGCGGCGGUGGAUCGCCAGCGAACAAGGGCCUGCCAGGACGCAAACCCAAAUCUCGGAGAAUGCGGUUUCUCAAUCCUGGCGUUCUUUUUGGGCUUCGGCCUCUGAUGUGGCCCUUCACCGGCCGCUGGGGCCAUCAAUUGCUGACCAGGGACGAGAACUGCCCCUGGGUGGGCCGCGACGCG